AUGGAAGAGGCCCAGUUGUGGACCGAACCACCUGGGGUCGCUGAAGAAGGGGGAAAGAGGCUGUUCGCCUGCAGAAGUCUGUUCGCGAACUGUCAGCUCGGGAGGGAGCGCGGCGGGGCGCGGGGUGGGCGCGGCCGACCCGGUCUCAGACCCGGCCCGCUACCCCGGACCUCCCGCGCGCCCCGCACGCAGCCCGCUAGGCCGCGGCGGCGUCCCUCGCUCGUUCGCUCGCCGUCUUGUCCUCUCGCUCACCGGCCGCCGGGUGGGCGGGCGCCGGAGACCCCGCCGGGGCCGCGGCUUCUGGCAGGCGGGCAGCGAGGCCCCGGCUGCGGCCUCCUCGCCAUGUCCUCGGCCUCCGAUGCCAGCGUCCACUUCCCCCUGCACCUCCUGGUCUGGAACAACGACUACCGGCAGCUGGAGAAGGAGCUGCGGGGCCAGAAUGUGGAGGCUCUGGAUCCACGAGGUCGAACAUUAUUGCAUCUUGCUGUUUCUUUGGGACAUUUGGAAUCGGCUCGAGUCUUGCUUCGACAUAAAGCAGAUGUGACAAAAGAAAAUGGUCAGGGAUGGACAGUUUUACACGAGGCUGUGAGCACUGGCGAUCCCGAGAUGGUGUACACAGUUCUUCAGCAUCGAGACUACCACAACACAUCUAUGGCUCUACAGGGAGUUCCUGAGCUGCUCCAAAAAAUUCUUGAGGCCCCGGACUUCUAUGUGCAGAUGAAAUGGGAAUUCACCAGCUGGGUGCCCUUGGUUUCCAGAAUAUGCCCAAACGAUGUCUGUCGCAUCUGGAAGAGUGGUGCCAAAUUACGUGUCGAUAUCACAUUGCUGGGAUUUGAAAACAUGAGCUGGAUAAGAGGAAGGCGUAGUUUUAUUUUUAAGGGAGAAGACAACUGGGCUGAGUUGAUGGAAGUCAACCAUGAUGACAAAGUGGUCACCACUGAACAUCUUGACCUUUCCCAGGAAAUGGAACGCCUCACUCUGGACCUGAUGAAGCCAAAAGGCAGGGAGGUUGAGAGGCGGCUCACAAGCCCAGUCAUUAACACCAGCCUUGACACUAAAAAUAUUGCCUUUGAAAGGUGUACACAGUAAACAAUGUGAAUGUGAUAACGAAAAUACGUACAGAACAUCUGACCGAGGAGGAAAAAAAGAG